AUGAGCAAUACCAACCAGUCCAGUGUCACUGAGUUCCUCCUCCUGGGACUCUCCAGGCAGCCCCAGCAGCAGCAGUUCCUCUUCCUGCUCUUCCUCACCAUGUACCUGGCCACUGUCCUGGGAAACCUGCUCAUCAUCCUGGCCAUCAGCACAGACUCCCGCCUACACACCCCCAUGUACUUCUUCCUCAGCAAUCUGUCCUUUGUGGAUGUCUGCUUCUCCUCCACCACUGUCCCCAAGGUAUUGGCCAACCAUAUACUUGGGAGUCAGGCCAUUUCCUUCUCUGGAUGUCUCACACAGAUGUAUUUCCUUUUCAUGUUUGUGGACAUGGACAAUUUCCUGUUGGCUGUGAUGGCUUAUGACAGAUUUGUGGCCAUAUGCCACCCAUUACACUACACAACAAAGAUGACCCGUCAGCUCUGUGUCCUGAUGGUGGCUGGAUCGUGGGUCACUGCCAAUCUGAAUGUCCUCUUACACACUCUGCUCAUAGCUCAACUCUCAUUCUGUGGGGACAACAUCAUCCCCCACUUCUUCUGUGAUGUGACUCCCCUCCUGAAACUCUCCUGCUCAGACACGCAUCUCAAUGAGCUGAUUAUUCACAGAGGAGCUGUAAUCAUAGUCACCCCAUUUGUGUGCAUCCUGAUCUCCUACAUUCGCAUCCUGUGCAGUCCUGAGAGUCUCUUCCCAAAGGGAGGAUGGAAGCCUUCUCCACCUGUGGCUCCCCACUUGACUGUGGUCUGCCUCUUCUAUGGCACCAUCAUCGCUAUGUAUUUCAACCCUCAUCUUUCCAUUCAUCAGAGGACCACGGCAGCCACUGUGUUGUACACAGUGGUGACUCCCAUGUUGAACCCUUUUAUUUACAGCCUGAGGAACAGGGACCUGAAGGGCUCUACAAAACUGGUCCACCGAAGUACUUUUUUUUCUGUUCCAGUAAAAAGAGUUGGACUGAUCCCUGUUCCUACCACAUUUCAGAAUUGA